AAGAUGCCUCGUGGAAGCCGAAGCCGCACUUCCCGCGUAGCCCCUCCAGCCAGCUGGGUGCCUCAGAUAAGAACUGUGCCCAGGCCAGAGCCUGAAGCUCAGCCACCAGCAGAGGCUCCACCAUCUGCUGUUGGCUCCCCUGCUGCUGCUCCCCGGCAGCCAGGUCUGAUGGCCCAGAUGGCAACCACUGCAGCCGGCAUGGCUGCGGGUUCUGCCGUCGGCCAAACUCUGGGUCAUGCCAUCACUGGUGGCUUCAGUGGAGGAAGUAAUGCUGAGCCCUCUAGGCCUGACAUCACUUACCAGGAGCCUCAGGGAACUCAGCUGGCACAGCAGCAGCAGAAUGGCCCAUGCUUUUUUGAGGUGAAACAGUUUUUGGAGUGUGCCCAGAACCAGGGUGACCUUAAGCUUUGUGAAGGUUUCAGUGAGGUGCUGAAACAGUGCAGAUUGGCGAACGGGUUAGCUUAAUCAAGAAGUUCCAGUUGAAGGCAUGAAAAAUCAUCUCUCAUGACCAUGUUGAUUUAGCAUUAAAAAUAUAAUUGAUAGUGAAGAUAUAAAGUGUGAAGCCACCAGUUAAACCGCUCCACAAUCAUUAAUAGCUUUUGUGGUUCAGGAUUGCCGUGGAAGAGGGUAUUCUCACCAUAUAGAAGCUCACUGAGAUGAUACUGAGUUUGGGGCUAGGCGGAAG